UUGAGACCAAUUAUAAUAAUUUUAAUGAAGUUUUCGCCAAUGAAUACUAUAUUACUUAUAAUACAAUUAAUAUUACUUUUCAACAAAUAAGUAACAAAACAAUUGUAUCAAAAGAAAGUGAAAAUAACAAUGAUCAAUUUAAUGAUGGUAAUUACAAAACCCAAUUCAUUGAGAUGUCAGCCAUAGGUUCGGGUGGUUUUGGGACUGUAUUUAAAGUAAAGCAUAGAUUGGAUGAUAAGAUAUAUGCCGUUAAAAGAGUGGAAUUUGGGGAUGAAUGCCAUCGAGUAUUUCAUGUCAUGUGAAAUAUUCAGAGAGCUCUUAGAGUGCGUCCAAUAUCUACACGAAUCUAAUCCAGUGGUCAUUCAUCGUGAUCUCAAACCGGAAAACAUAUUAAUUGAUCACAACUUCAGUUUUAAUCGGUUCAUAAAACUGUGUGACUUUGGUUUGGCCACCGAUCACGACAUCGAUAGGCAAACUGCGAGCCGAUACGACCAUACGUUAGGUGUGGGCACUAAGACAUAUAUGUCGCCCGAAGUUUAUCAUUAUAAGCAAUAUAACCACAAAACAGACAUUUAUAGUCUCGCACUAAUCGCCGAAGAGAUCUAUAGUAUUGAUCCACAA